AAUGUUUUCUUGAACUGCCCCGUUAUUCCUCUCCUCUUUCGCUCCCUCUUCCCACUAGAGUGAAAGGUUUUCGUCGGCCUUUGACGAUGGAAGAAAAGCCCGAGAGGCUUUGAAAAGCGCGGGAACAUAGAAGGAUCGUCGGAGAGACGAUAAAAAAAUGAAGCUCCUGGGAUACGAAGCAAGAUUGAUCGGUCGUUAGCCUUCGAGAUCAGCGGGACCGCUGAGCUUUAUCCCUUUCAAUUCCGUUUUUUUUUUUUCUGUUGACAGAUCAAUCUGAGUUAGGAGAGUGUCCAAAGUUUAUGAAACUUCAUCCUCAAUGGAUUUAAUCUUAUCACGUUCUUGGAUGGAAAAACUCUGCAUUUUUUUCCAUCUCAUGAUUGCCUUACUGCCGUUUUCUUUCUUCCCGAUCUCAAAAUCCCGAGCUGUUGAAACCCAAGCGCUUCUCCAAUUCAAAAGUAAUUUGGAAGACCCCUUGAACUAUCUGGAAAACUGGAAAGCUUCCCAGUCUCCCUGUACAUUUUCUGGUGUAAUUUGCGAUUCCAAUUCUGUGGAAGUUUUUGGAAUCUCACUUGCAAACAAAAGCCUUUCUGGUGAAAUCUCACCAUCAAUUUCUAGUCUGCGGAGUCUCAAAUCUUUAGAUUUGGGAUCAAAUUCAAUAUCCGGCACAGUUCCCUCUGAACUCGUUAACUGCACUAGUCUUCAGCUUCUGAACCUUUCAUACAACAGCUUAAGUGGACAGUUGCCUGAUCUUUCUCCUUUGAAGAACUUACAAAUUCUUGAUCUGUCAUCGAAUUAUUUCUCUGGAAGAUUUCCCGAGUGGGUUGGAAAUCUAUCAAAAUUGGUUCAUCUUGGUCUAGCUUUGAAUAACUUUGAUGAGGGAAAGAUUCCACCGAAUAUUGGAAAUUUAAAGAAUUUGACAUAUCUUUUCUUGGCCGGAUGUAAUUUCACUGGAGGGAUACCACCUUCAGUUUUUGAAUUGAGAGAACUUGGAACAUUAGAUUUCUCCAUGAACAAACUUUCAGGGAAAUUUCCUAAGGAAAUUACAAAUAUGAUCAGCCUUUACAAGAUUGAGCUCUACCAGAACAACUUAACUGGCGAGAUCCCGCCUGAAAUUGCAAAACUCACGAACUUGCAAGAAAUUGACAUUUCCCAGAACAAGAUAUCAGGGAAACUUCCAGCUGAAAUGGGCAACCUUAAGAACCUUACAGUGAUCCAGUUAUUUCAUAACAAUCUCUGGGGUGAAAUACCUAAAGGAUUUGGGGAUUUGAAGUUUCUCAAGGCAUUCUCUGUUUACAUGAAUGAAUUUUCAGGAGAACUCCCACAAAGUCUUGGUCGGUUCUCUCCUCUAAACAGCUUUGACAUAUCAGAGAAUAACUUUUCUGGUCAAUUCCCAAGAUUCUUAUGUGAAAACAAUAAUCUGCAGUACUUGCUGGCUUUAGAAAAUAACUUCUCUGGUGAAUUUCCCGAUUCAUAUUCUACUUGUAAAACAUUAAUAAGGUUCAGGAUCAGCAAAAAUAAUCUCAGUGGAACCAUAUCCGAUGGAUUAUGGGGACUACCAAAUGCUGUCAUCAUUGACUUCGCAGAUAACAAUUUCAUGGGGCAGAUUCCUUCAGUCAUCGGUAGUUCAAGUAGUUUAACUCAGCUCUAUGUGCAGAACAACAGAUUCUCUGGUCAAAUUCCGAUUGAGAUUGGAAUGCUUUCCCAGUUGCAGAAGUUUUAUGCUUUCAAUAAUUUCUUUUCUGGCUUCAUACCUUCUCAGAUUGGAAAACUCAAACAAUUGACAUCUUUGCAUUUAGAAAACAAUAAGCUGACUGGGCCUAUACCAUAUGAACUCAGUACCUGCACUGAAUUAGUGGAGAUAGAUCUUGCGCAGAAUUCGUUAGGUGGUGUCAUUCCAGAACCACUGUCCUCAUUAACCUCUCUUAAUUCACUCAAUCUAUCACAAAACCUGAUUAGAGGGCUAAUUCCUGAAGGUUUACAGGCUCUUAAGCUGAGUUCCAUUGAUUUUUCUAAGAACCGGCUGUCAGGAGCAGUCCCUCCAGGUCUUUUAAUGAUCGCUGGAAAUAAAGCUUUUUAUGACAAUCCAGAUCUUUGUAUUGAUGGAAGUUUAGAAAGCCAAUGGAGGGAGGGUUUGGGAAUUUGUAGUUUUAGUGGCAGACAUGGAUAUGUCCUAGGAAAGAAAACUUUUCUUGUAGCCAUUAUAUUAUCAAUCUUGUUUAUACUUCUGACUGGAUUGGUGGUUGUGAGCUAUAGAAGCUUUAAGCAGGAAGAAGCCAGUAGGAGGAAGGAUUUGGAGAAAGUUAUAGAGAAUGAUGGAAAGUGGAAAUUGGAGUCUUUUCAUCCAACUGAUCUUGAGGUCGAGGAAAUCUGCAAUUUGGAAGAGGUUAAUUUACUUGGAAGUGGGGGUACUGGCAAAGUUUAUAGACUAGAUCUCAAGAAUAAAGGAACAGUGGCAGUUAAACAACUAUGGAAAAAUGAUGGCGCAAAGGUUUCGCUUGCAGAAAUAGAUAUCCUUGGAAAAAUCAGGCACCGAAACAUACUCAAACUUUAUGCCUCCUUAUCAAAAGAUGGGUUGAAUUUUCUUGUUUUUGAGUACAUGCAGAAUGGAAAUCUGUACUGUGCUCUACGCCGUGAAAUCAAGGUCGGCCAGCCAGAAUUGGACUGGAACAAACGGUAUAAGAUUGCAGUUGGUGCUGCAAAAGGAAUCAUGUAUCUCCACCAUGAUUGUUCCCCAGCCAUCAUUCACAGAGAUAUAAAAUCCACCAAUAUCUUACUUGAUGAGGAAUAUGAAGCCAAAAUUGCUGAUUUUGGUAUAGCAAAAGUCAUAGAAGACUCAGAUUUGAGUUGUUUUGCUGGCACUCAUGGCUACAUGGCUCCUGAAUUGGCGUACUCUUUAAAGGUGACUGAGAAGAGCGAUGUUUAUAGCUUUGGUGUUGUUCUUCUUGAACUUCUUACUGGCCACAGCCCGAUUGAGCCUCAAUAUGGCGAAGGAAAAGAUAUUGUCUACUGGGUUUCUUGUCAUCUUAAUAGCUCUAAAAUUCGCGAAAUUCUCGAUCCUCGUAUCUCAAAAAUUGCAGAAGAAGACAUGAUGAAAGUCUUGAAGGUUGCCAUCCUCUGCACUACCAAGUUGCCAUCACUGCGGCCAACUAUGAGAGAGGUGGUGAAUAUGCUUAUUGAUGCUGGUUCAAACGAUACAAGAGAGAAAGUCAAGACUUUUGGUAAGAAAUCCUAGCUCUGUUCAGUAGGAUAUUCUUUUCCUGCUACUUUAGGGAUAUUCCUGGAAGUAUUUAACUAGACUAAACUAGGUUUUGGCUUGUAGUUUUGUGUAACAUAUUGGCCUUCCUAUCAAGUUUUCUUUGAAUUGCAUGCAUUUCUAUGAUUUUUUGUAAAUACUUAAUAUGUAGUAUUCAUCCUCUUUUGUUUAAAAAACGUGAGAAUGAGACCUAUCAUUGUGAAUUAAAAUAAGAAUGGUAAAUUCAUUCUGAUAUA